AUGAGAAUCGGAACCCGAAAGGAGAAGGGUUUGAAAGCCAUCAACGAGUGUGAAGGCGAGUAUAUGGACAAUAAGAAGCUGAUCGAGACCAAAAAUCUUCGCCGUCAGAUUCCAAAAGGGUUCAGUUAUUUUGCUGUGGAUUUCGGAUUGUCAAACGGUUAUGCUCAUGUCAUCGAAAGUCAUGAUCACUUCCCAGCAACGUUUGCCACGGAAAUCAUCGCCGGAAUGUUGGAUCUUCCCCCGAAAAAGUGGAGAAAACGCGAAACAGACGAGAUGUCGAAACAAAAAUCACGCGCUGAGAAAUUCAAGCAGCUCUGGGAGCCGUUCGAUUGGACAAAGAGGCUCAGAAGCCAGGAGGGACCAUCCACGUCUUCUGGAUCAUCGACGUCAUCAAGAAGAGAGUGA